AUGUGGGAGAGCGUGGUGAUGUGGGAGAGCGCGGGCGUGUGGCAGAGCGCGGGCGUGUGGCAGAGCGCGGGCGUGUGGCAGAGCGCGGUGAUGUGGCAGAGCGCGGGCGUGUGGCAGAGCGCGGGCGUGUGGCAGAGCGCGGGCGUGUGGCAGAGCGCGGGCGUGUGGCAGAGCGCGGUGAUGUGGGAGAGCGCGGUGAUGUGGGAGAGCGCGGUGAUGUGGGAGAGCGCGGUGAUGUGGCAGAGCGCGGGCGUGUGGCAGAGCGCGGGCGUGUGGCAGAGCGCGGGCGUGUGGCAGAGUGAGCAGAGAAUUCCUCACUUUCCUCAGCUUUUCCUCAUCAUCAUCGCUACCUCUCACAUCCCCCCAGCCUCCCCGAUAGCCCCCUACACCUUCCAUGGCAACGCAGGACCGUGGCAACGCAGGACCAUGGCAACGCAGGCUCAGGAAUGA